AUGUUCCGUACAGGAAAGAAACCAUAUUCAUGCUCAGAAUGUGGGAAAUCUUUUACUCAGAAAUUAGAUCUUGUUAGACAUAAAAGAACUCACACAGGGGAGAAUCCAUUUUCAUGUGCAGAAUGUGGGAAAUGUUUUACUCGGAAAUCACAUCUUGUUGUACAUCAGAGAACUCAUACAGGAGAGAAGCCAUUUUCAUGUUCAGAAUGUGGGAAAUGUUUUGCUCAGAAAUUAGAUCUUGUUAGACAUAAAAGAACUCACACAGGGGAGAAGCCAUUUUCAUGUGCAGAAUGUGGGAAAUGUUUUACUGAUAAAUCAAGUCUUGUUCAACAUCAAAGAAAUCACACAGGGGAGAAGCCAUUUUCAUGCUCAGAAUGUGGGAAAUGUUUUACUCGGAAAUCACAUAUUGUUGUACAUCAAAGAACUCACACAGGAGAGAAGCCAUUUUCAUGUUCAGAAUGUGGGAAAUGUUUUGCUCAGAAACCAGAUCUUAUUAAACAUCAAAGAACUCACACAGGAGAGAAGCCAUUUUCAUGUUCAGAAUGUGGGAAAUGUUUUGCUCAGAAAGCAAAUAUUGUUAAACAUCAAAGAACUCACACAGGAGAGAAGCCAAUUCAGAGCAAAAAGAAGCCAUUUUCAUGUUCAGAAUGUGGGAAAUCUUUUACUUCUAAAUCACAUCUAGUUGAACAUCAGAGAACUCACACAGGGGAGAAGCCAUUUGCAUGUGCAGAAUGUGGAAAAUAUUUCACUCAGAAAUCAUAUCUUGUUGAACAUCAAAGAACUCACACAGGGGAGAAGCCAUUUUCAUGUCCAGAAUGUGGGAAAUGUUUUCCUUUUAAAUCAGGUCUUGUUGUACAUCAAAGAACUCACACGGGAGAGAAGCCAUUUUCAUGUCCAGAAUGUGGGAAAUGUUUUACUAAUCAAUCAAGUCUUAUUCAACAUCAAAGAACUCACACAGGAGAGAAGCCAUUUUCAUGUCCAGAAUGUGGGAAAUGUUUUGCUCAGAAAUCAGAUCUUUUUAAACAUCAAAGAACUCACACAGGGGAGAAGCCAUUUUCAUGUGCAGAAUGUGCGAAAUGUUUUACUGAUAAAUCAACUCUUAUUCAUCAUGAAAGAACACACAUAGGGGAGAAGCCAUUUUCAUGUGCAGAAUGUGGGAAAUGUUUUACUUUGAAAUCAAAUCUUGUUCAACAUCAAAGAACUCACACAGGAGAGAAGCCAUUUUCAUGUGCAGAAUGUGGGAAAUGUUAUUCUGGGAAAUCACAUCUUGUUAAACAUAAAAGAACUCACACAUCUAUAUAUUAACCAUGUACAUAGGAUAGUUGACACUAAUACAUACUCAUAUAUUUAUACAAUAUAUGCUUCAUCUCCAAACUUGUUAUCAAUUUUUAAGAAGUUUUCUUUCUUAUAUGAUUUAUUAUUCUUAUAUUCAUCUCCGCACACUGGACUUAUAAUAAAUGUAAUAUUGUCCCUGACGUUGUAUAUAGGGAAUGUAACGUGUCAGUGUUGUCCCCGCCCCCUUCUCAUUAUGAUUAUAGAGACUUUAAUUCAAGGCAUCAGACAGGAUCCGCGCGUCUCCCUUGAAGAUCGUCUCUUCUGAACAUAAGACGCUGCAGAUACUUUUAUUUAUCACAAACCC